ACCUCUACGUAAACCAACCAAAUCACGCCCGAAAAGAAAAUUCUUUCCAUUUUUUUCUCAUUACUUCCCACCGAAUCCAAAAUCCCCCACCAAAAACCCUAACCCUUUCCAUUUCCAAUGGCUCCUUAAUCCCCAACCCUAAUUUGAUUUCCUCGCUCCUCCGUGUUCUCCCUCCUUUCUCACUUUCCGAUGGAGAACUACUCCAACCACUCCUACCCGGACUCCCGCGACUCCUCCCCUCGCUCCCGUGAAAUCGACUGCGACACCCCUUCAUGGGACGACCAAGCCCCCUCCGCCACCUCCACCUACAAAGUCAAGUUCAUGUGCAGCUACGGCGGCAAAAUCCAGCCCCGCCCCCACGACCACCAGCUCGCCUACGUCGGCGGUGACACCAAAAUCCUCACAGUCGAUCGCAAUAUCAAGCUCUCCGCUUUCAUCUCCAAGCUCUCCUCCCUUUGCGACACCUCUAACGAUGCCGUUUGUUUCAAGUACCAGCUCCCCGGCGAAGAUCUCGACGCUCUCAUCUCCGUCACCAACGACGAGGACCUCGACCACAUGAUGGUCGAGUACGACCGGCUCUACCGCGCUUCAGCUAAGCCCGCCAGGCUCCGACUCUUUCUCUUCCCUCUUGACAGCAACACUUCCGCUAGCUUCGGCUCCAGCGAGACCAAGUCCGAGCGCCAGUGGUUCGUCGACGCUUUGAAUUCGGUUCAGAUCGGGUCUCCCGAUGGAUCCUCUCCGACGGCUCCGGUCACGGCCUCGCCGACAAACCCCGAUUUCCUGUUCGGAUUCGAUAAGGGUUACACGGCUGUGCCGGUUGCGAAAUUUCCCAACUCGGUCACUCCGCCGACGGUUCCCGAUUUGCUUGUGAAAAGCACUCUGGUUGGAUCUGGGGAUCGCCACACCGGAGAACCGGUGAUGUCUCAGGCGGAGAUUCAGAGGCAGAUCCAGGAGUUGCAGAGGAUGCAAAUCGUUGCUGGUCACGAGCCGACCACCAUCUAUCACCGGAAAAGCGACGAAAUGGGAAACCCUAUGGGUUACACCGGCGAUUAUUACACACAGAAACUGCCAGAGAACAUUCAACCGGCGCAAGGGUCGUCUCCGGUGGGAAUGCCACCACCUGUGCCAUUUCCAACUGCGUAUAUGCCAGAGAGGCACAUGAACACUGGGGGUUAUCCGGUGACGACUGCCCCAUCUGGACCGGAGCAGCCCGUUUAUCUCAUUUCUACUCCGACCGGUGUAUACCAGGCUCCCGCCCCUAGACCGGCGACUGGUCCAGUUGGUCAGGCAUACUAUGGAGUACCGCAGAGGAUGGCACCAGAGGUGUACCGGGACGCUCAAGUGUACAAUACUGCCGUGGCAGCACAGCAAGCACAACAAGCUCAGCAGGCACAACAUUCAGCAGGCACAGCAGGCUGCAGCUUAUAGUGAAGGGUUUGCACAGGUUGGGUAUGACGCCGUCGGGAGGCAGGUAUACUACACUGCAGCAGGAGGUGUCGUUUCUUCAUAUCAGACGGUUGCUCCGGUGCCCGUAGAUGGGAGACAAGCUGCUGCUGGUGUAUUGAAUCAAAUUCAAGAUGAUAAGGUUGUUGUUUCCAUGGCACCCCAAGCGUCUGCUAUGUGACAAAUAUAAAUAAUAAAAUUCAUAUAUAAUGUGUUUGUUCUUUUGUUUUCUAAUGGUUCUACAGUUUAAAUAAGAAGAAAUAAGAAUUUAAUUGUAUGGGUUUGUGGUGGAUGCGUCUCUGGUUUUGAAAUUGGAAACCUUUAUUAUUGUUCUGAUGGUAUGACAAUUAACAUUGUUUCUUGUGUAUAUGAGGAAUUGUUUUAGUGCAAAGUAUUGGGUUUCUUUGGA